GCCAGACAUCCGGUACAUCUUCGGAGAGAUCAUGUACGGCGGGCACAUCACAGAUUUCUGGGACCGCCGCGUCAACAAUACGUACCUGGAGAUGCUCAUCACAGCCGAGCUGCUGGCCACGCCGCCGCUGCAGCUGUGCAAGGGCUUCCGCUCGCCGGACCCGGCGAAGUCGGAGUACAGCACGUACGCCAAGGUGAUUGAGGACAAGUUCCCGCAGGAGGCGCCGGAGCUCUUCAGCCUCCACCCUAACGCGGAGAUCGGCUACCUCACCAACCAGGGCUUCUCGAUCUUCAAGACGGUCCAGGACCGCCGCUUACGACGGAGCGCCGGAGGAGGGAGGGAGGGAGGGAGGGGAGGGGAGGGAGGGAGGGAGGGGAGGGGGGAAACGGGGAGGAAGGGGAGGAGGUGUGAGGUCGAGGGGGGGGGGAGGAUGGGGGAGGAGGGAGGAGAGGGGAGGGAGCAGGGAAGGGGUGGCGGUGGUGGCGAACGGUGGCGCGGCAGCCGAGCGUGGGGGGUGAGGGAGGCGCGAGGAGCUGGAGGGGGGGGGGCGGCAAGAGUCGUUGGUUGGUUGAGCCCUUGCGGGGCAUGCGUGCGUGCGGCGACGCCGAGGGACCCACACAAGGGCGCCCUCGAGGGCGCGAAGCUAUUCGCGCUUCGCGCUUCGAGGUUCGGCUCGGAUUUUUCUCAUUUUUGUUCCUUCUCCCAUGGGAGGCGGCGCGAGAGCGCGCAGUUAUUCGCACUUCGCGCUUCGCGCAGCGCGAAGCGCGAAGUUGGGAGCCCUUGCCACGAGUCUGAUCCGAGACGGGAGGGGGGGCUCACCUGA